AUGGGUUUCUCAAGAUAUACAGCUCCAAGAACACAAAUUCAAAGCCUUGCAAUAGCAAGAAUAAUAGAUAAACAACAAGAGCUAUUGCGAAUCUUAACGAUCGAAGAAUCCUACCCUCCUAUAUCUAUCUCAUUUUUGUAUUCCCAUAAAAAUGAGACAGCUUUCUCUCCGAACACUAUAUUACAGGCACCUGAACUGAAGACUUGGAGUGGAUACCAAGCAAGCAAGCCCAGUAAUUCUCCUAGCCAGCAUACAACCUACAAAUUAAAUACUAAUCUGUCCCUAAGUGAAAUUCGUCCAAAUUCAAAUGUCAAAGUAAUAAUUAUCGUAUUAUCAUCAUGGACUGAAAGUGGAUACAUGAAAAGACAAAGUUUUCGUGAUACGAGUGUAAAAUUAAUUCCUCAAAAUUCAAAGGACCUUUCAAUAACUUAUCGCUUCGUUCUAGGUGAUGUUCCAUCAGCAAAAUUACAAUUAAACAUGGGUCAUAAGCUCCUUGAUGAAUCCAAAAGAUAUGGUGAUAUAAUUAUUCUCGUGAAUUGGAAGAAUCAGGACCCGAUAAAAAAUAUUAUUGGAGAGACUUGGAUAUUGGAAUUUCCACCAAUUCGUAAUGCAGAAAAUAAAUACGCAGAUUUUGAUUAUAAACUUCCUAUAUUUCCACCAUUUACAGCUGGAAUACUUUAUAUCUUAUCAAGUGAUAUAAUCUCUUUGAUUGUAAUUGAUGCACCUCAUAUUUUACAAGGAACGAUGGAUGAUCAAAGCAUGAGAAUGUUAUCAAUCACAGAAGGAUAUGUGAAGGAUUUAGACAAAGGUUUUCAAAUAUUUGAUGAUCCCAUAAAUGUUACAAUUGGAAGUAAGGAAGAUGAGUGGAUAUUCCGAAUCUUCUCUCACAAAUUCUUCAGUUAUUCUCAAACAAAUCAGUGGUAUUUAUUACAUUGGGUAUGUUGGACGACGGACCCAACUACUUUCUCAGAACGUCAUUACAAGACCAUAGAAUUCAUUUGGAUUCAUACGCCUAAAGCAGUGUUGGGCAAUUGGACAAUUUUAGACACCAUCGUUUUCGUCCUCUCGACAACUUUACCACCGGAUUUUUUUUCUGAAUAUCAAAAACAAGGCUAUCAAAUCCAGGUGAUCAACUUCGAUAAGGGAUCAUUAUUGGAACGGCAAUGGUUUCUUGGUCAGAAUUCCAAGAACUUGCUACAUGAUUGGAAUACGGUGCUCCUUCCGACACAAGCAUUGAAUUCAUUGGAUCGGAUGUUUCAAGUGUUCCUUCGGACUAUUUUUGGACGCGGACGACAUGUACGUUGCACCGGAAUUAUGCGAUUUCGAAAAGGCAGGUCAAUGUUUAAAGAGGUAAUGGAACGAGUUUUUACUCCAACUUAUUCAACAUCAUGUUUUAAUUGUGUUGGACAUCGAGCGAUAACAAUAAAUGUUGAUCACGUUGACAAACUUUUAAGACCGGCUCAAGAAGGUCUUCACAGAAUCGAAAUUUUUCAUGGAACAAGAAAUUCUCCAUUAAAAGCAGAUGAAGAACCGGAUUUAAAGAAUUGGACAUCAUCAUAUUCAUUUCUCUUGGAAGGACCAAAGAAAUAUCGGUUCGUAUCUCCAACUGUAAUACAAGAAGUGGAUAAAUAUCCAGGAUCUUUAAAUGGACAAUUUCAAGGGCUAAAUGUAAUAUUCAUACGUGGUAGACCUGGUACAGCAACGAUAAGAGUUAAGAGUUUGAAUGGAAAAUUAUCUUUUGAUUUACUAGAUGGAGAUUGGAGCGAAACAUCUAUGACAUUUCAUAAUAGAACUAAAAAGACGUUAACGCUAUCCUGA